AUGAAGACUCUGGUGGCUCUGCUGCUGCUCUGUCUGUGUGAUCCUGGACAGAGUGACUGCCAGACUGACUGCCUGUCCUGCAGCAACGUCCUGCCAAAACAGCUCAGUUUCAACACCAUGGUGUGUCUCAUUGAAUGUGAAGGCAGCAUCUCUCCAGCCUUCUCCUGGGACCUCUGUCGUAAGGUGCUGUCGUCUCCAGGGUCCUCCCUCAGUGGCACGCUGCGGAAAAGAUCUCAGGAGGAGGUGGAGGCCCUGUUUCCUGAGGAGGAGGAGCAGGUGGAGGGAGGUCUGGUUCUGCCCAUAGCAUUGCAAAGGUUCGAUCAGGUGACCAAAGCGCUCGGGGUGGAUGAGAGGGAUCUGGGCGGCAAAGACAGCCAGCUGAACGCUGCCUACAAUUCCCAGAAUGCCAUGUCCCUCGAGGAUGAGUAUGAAGAGGAAGAAGGGCAGGAAGAAGGGAAUGCUGACAUGGCAGCGAGAGGAAAGAGUGAUGUAGGGUUGAGCUUCUCCAAGAGAUUUGGUGGCUUCGUCAAAGGGAGGCACGCCUACAGAAAGCUGAUGACUCCGGGAAGAUCGUACCAGAAGAGAUAUGGUGGCUUCAUCGGCAUCCGGAAGUCGGCCCGCAAGUGGAACAACCAAAAACGUUUCAGCGAGUUUCUGAAGCAGUAUCUGGGCAUGAGCAGCCGGGCCACUGAGUUCAACAGUGUGUCAGAGGACCUCACCCGACAGAAUGAAAUUUAG